AUGUUCUCCGUCGUGGUCCCCGGCCGGCCGUGCUUGACAGACAUUGUCGCCGUCGACAGUCAACCAAAUGGCCAAGCGACAAAGUUCGCCUUCACGAUCCCACUGAACCCAUCCUUCAAAGACCUGGUGGUUUUCCUCUUACCCGGAACAGUGCUGCCACCCAACACUGGCGCCGCCAUCUACAUCCAGCUCCCAGACCCAACCACGGGCAAUCCGACCGAUUUCCGGUUCAUCGGCGCACUCGCCAACGAGAAGCCAUCCGGCAUCUUCAAAAUCCAACCACCUUCACAAUCACCCAAUGGCCAAACGCGGAGCGAAGCCGAAGAAGAAGAUGAGAUGCUCGACGAAGGCUCCAGCAAUUCCGCCGCCUCGUUAAACGGGGUCGCAACGCUAGGAAUUUCAAUCGAGCCCGUCCAUACUAUUGCGCCGCAAUUAUCAGCACUAGAAUCAGAAAUGGCGCAGGCUGGCCCGUCCGGACCUUCCAACGAAAAUCCCGAGCAGCAACGACAAAAGCAAAUUUCAACCAAGAUGCUUGCACAACGAAUUAUCGGCAGUGCAUUCAAUUUUCUGGCAAGCUUUGCAGAAAGUGAUCCCGCGCGCAAAGGCCACGAGGUGGUGCCCCUCAAGAGCUUUCGCGACUGGUGGACCAAAUUUGAACGGCGGAUUGAUAUGGAUCCUGGCUUUUUGGAGCGCGAGGAUCCGAAUGCGAAUUAA